AUGUCUGUUCUUUUUGAAACAUCUCUUGGAGAUAUCGUUAUCGAUCUGGAAGUCGACAACUGCCCAAAAACAUGCGAAAACUUCCUGAAGCUAUGCAAAGUCUAUUACUACAACUUGAACGCAUUCUUCAAUGUGUCUAAAGACUUCCUGGCUCAGGCUGGUGACCCGACCGCGACAGGAACCGGAGGUGAAUCAAUCUGGUCACUUAUUGCGUCAGAUUCCAAAUCCAAUCCUCCGUCCUCAAGAUACUUCACUCCCGAACUUCUUCCUAAAUCAAAGCAUACGCAGAGGGGCACGGUCUCAAUGGCCGUCGCACCUGCAAUGGAGGGCCAGAAGGGCGGUUGUGGAAGUCAGUUCUUCAUCACCCUCGGUGGCAACAUCGACUAUCUCGACGGCAAGCACGCGGUUUUUGGACACGUUGUUGAAGGUUUUGAUACCCUCGAUAAGCUGAACGAGGUAUUUGUGGACCAGGAUGGAAGACCGUUCAAGGACGUACGCAUAAGGCACGUCAUCAUUCUUGACGAUCCGUUCCCCGAUCCACCGGGGUUGAUCAAACCGCCGUCUUCGCCUACGAGACCCCCAGAUAAUUCGACACGUAUCGCUGAAGAUGAAGACCCCCUGGCAACCCUGCCUGAGGAAGAGGAAGAGCGCAUCCGACGCGAGAAAGCCGCAGCGGCCUCCGCUCUCACACUCGAGAUGGUUGGAGAUCUGCCCUUUGCUAAUGUUCGCCCGCCCGAAAACGUUCUGUUUGUCUGCAAGCUCAAUCCCGUCACACGAGAUGAAGAUUUGGAACUCAUCUUUUCUCGCUUUGGGGCAAUUAUGAGUUGCCAAGUAAUUCGGGACAAACGUACGGGAGAAUCGCUUCAGUAUGCUUUCAUAGAAUUCGACAAGCGCGACGAUGCUGAGCAGGCAUACUUCAAAAUGCAAAAUGUCCUCGUGGAUGACCGGCGUAUUUGGGUUGACUUCUCACAGUCGGUUGCGCGACUAAACACCCACUGGUCCAACAACAUUGUCGCAGGACCCAAACGCAUCAAGGGCCAGUUUGGUUUCGGUGGCCGUGACGACCUAGAGAAGACACGUCGGUACAGAGAUGAGGGCGAUUCGCGGAAUAAAUCGGACAACUAUGGAAUGGUCUUUGACGUUCCUUCUGAUCGUAGCUCCGGGCACCAUCGAAAACGCAGUCUUAGUCGAGAAGAUGACGACAGAGAGCAUCGUCGUAGGCGUUCAAGGUCCCCCCACACAUCCUCCAAGCAUAAAGAUUAUGACCGUGACCGGCGGCGAGAAAGGAGCAGGAGCAGGAGCAGAGAGCGACGGUCUGGGCGAGACGGGCGGCGUUGA